UCUGAGGUCCGGUCCUAACGCUGACACACACUUCCCCCCCUGUCCCUGACGCAAACGCCAAGCCUUCCCGUACGUUACAGGCUACCUCUGUCGUGCUUAAAGCUCACUCUCCAGCUCCUAGAGAGUGGGCUAGCUUUUCCAUAAAGAAAAAGAGAGCCGUUACCCCUCUUGUUCAAGUAGAAGAAGAAGAAGAAGAAGACCGUUGCAAAUCACUUUUAGUAGAAGAAGAAGAAGAAGCAUUGUUUGCUUGAAGAGGAAUGGCCAGGGGAUUCGGGCUUAUUUUUGCGGUUUCACUGUUGCUCAUGCUUUUAGAUCUCUGCAGGGGAAGCACAAUUGGAAUUUGCUAUGGAAGAAAUGCUGAUGACCUCCCCACCCCUGAUAAAGUGGCCCAACUGGUUCAACUUCAUAACAUUAAAUAUGUUAGGAUUUAUGAUUCCAAUGUUCAGGUUCUCAAGGCCUUCGCAAACACUGGAGUUGAACUUAUGAUUGGAAUUGCAAAUUUAGACUUAUUGCCAUUUUCCCAGUUCCAAUCCAAUGCAGAUAGCUGGCUGAAGAACAACAUCCUUCCUUACUAUCCAGCCACAAAGAUCACAUACAUAACUGUUGGUGCUGAAGUCACAGAAAGCCCCAGUAAUGUCUCUGCCUUAGUAGUGCCUGCCAUGAAAAAUGUCCUCACAGCCCUUAGAAAAGUUGGUUUGCACAAGAGGAUCAAAGUUUCAACUACCCAUUCCCUUGGGGUUUUAUCCCGAUCAUUCCCACCCUCUGCAGGGGCAUUUAAUAGUAGCCAUGCAUUUUUCCUGAAACCCAUGCUGGAAUUUUUGGCUGAGAACCAGUCACCUUUCAUGAUUGAUAUUUAUCCUUACUAUGCGUACAGAGACUCUUCAACAAAUGUGUCUUUAGACUAUGCUUUGUUUGAGUCAUCCUCCGAAGUUAUUGACCCAAACACUGGUUUGCUGUACACAAACAUGUUUGAUGCCCAGAUUGAUGCUCUUUAUUUUGCACUGAUGGCUCUAAAUUUCAGAACAAUUAAAAUCAUGGUCACUGAAACUGGCUGGCCUUCCAAAGGAUCACCUAAGGAGUCAGCUGCAACUCCUGAUAAUGCUCAAACUUAUAACACUAAUCUGAUUCGGCAUGUCAUUAAUGAUACUGGUACUCCUGCAAAGCCUGGAGAGAAGCUUGAUGUUUACAUCUUCUCUUUGUUCAAUGAAAAUAGGAAGCCAGGGUUGGCUUCUGAGAGGAACUGGGGGUUAUUUUAUCCUGACCAGACAAGUGUCUACAGCUUGGAUUUCACUGGAAAAGGUGCUGCAGUACUGACUACAGAGGCAAAUGUUACUAGUUCGAAUGGAAGAACGUGGUGCAUAGCUUCGAAUAAGUCUUCUGAAAUGGAUUUGCAGAAUGCCUUGGACUGGGCUUGUGGUCCUGGGAAUGUGGACUGCACCGCUAUUCAACCUAGCCAGCCUUGUUAUGAGCCAGAUACUACAGUCUCUCAUGCAUCUUUUGCUUUCAAUAGUUAUUACCAGCAAAAUGGGGCUACAGAUGUUGCUUGCAGUUUUGGAGGGACAGGGUUUAAAGUUGAUAAGGACCCAAGCUAUGAUAAUUGCUUGUAUCUGACAGCAGGGAGCAACAAAACAGUGACAAGUAAUACAACAGCAAUUUCUUCAACUUCGUCGUCUUCUACACAGAAUGAAGUUUCCACAUGGGUUUUUAGUUGUCUUCUUGUGGCUUUCCUCCCAUUCCUUUUGUCCAUGUCUGAUAAGUUUGAUCUUUCAGCACUGUUAAGAUUUUGCCACAGAAAUGAGAAUGUAGUGCCUUUUUGAGAUGCAAGAGCAGGUAUUGCCUUGAGAUCAGUUUUCCCACCCCUGUAGUUUUGUAUGAUAGUAGUGAAAGGUGUUAGUUAAGAUUAUGGCAAGCAAGACAACGCCAUUUGUGGAGAAUAUGAUUAAACUAUAUAUGCCUGAGCUCAAAUUUGUGCUAUGGGUCUGUAGCUUUUGAUGUUGCAUAUUCUUUUGCCUUUAGUUGUUGAUGCUUUUUGAAUGCUACUUCGGUUGAAAUUUUGUUGCCACCUUGAAAAUGUAAAAACAUUAUCCAUUA